AUGAGUUCCUUUGGAAAAAUUUAUAAAGUAACUACUUUUGGAGAAUCACAUUCAAAAGCUGUUGGCUGUUCCGUCGAGAAUUUUCCUCCUAAUCACAUUGUUGAUAUAAAUUAUAUAUAAAAAGCCCUUAAUAGGCGUAAACCAAACUAAUCAUCAUUAACAACAUCUCGUGAUGAACUUGAUUAGGUUGAUAUAAUUUGUGGAUUAUAAAAUAAUACAUCAUUAGGCAGCCCUAUCGCCUUUUUAGUCCAUAAUAAAGACUAAAUACCUUCCGAUUAUAUAGCUAUGGAUCAAAUACCUCGUCCUGGUCAUGCUGAUUAUACAUAUUUGGUUAAAUAUGGUAUAAAAGCAUAAUCUGGAGGCGGUAGAAGUAGUGCGAGAGAAACUAUUGGUAGGAUAUGUGGUGGGGCUUUAGCAGAUAUUAUAUUAGAAAAACAAUUAAAAAUGAAUAUUUUUUCAUUUGUUUCUAGUGUAGGUAAUAUAGAAAUUCCCUCUGAAAUAAUAUAGGAAAUUGUAAAUGAGAAAUAAUUUAUUUUAAAUAAAGAUAAAAUAGACUAAAACGGGACAUUUAAUGUAUAUAUAAAAAACGAAGAAGAUGAAAUAUAUGAAAAUAACAAUAUAUAUUUUAAUAAAAAUGGAGAAAAAAUAUUAAAUAAAUUAAAUAUAAAUGAAUAUAAAUUAACAUAAUAAGUAAAUAUAAGAUGUCCACAUUAAUAAACAGGCGUAAAAAUGAUAGAAUUAAUAAAACAAAUAAAAAAAUAAAAAGAUUCUAUUGGAGGAACUAUCAUAUGUGUUAUAUAAAAUCCUCCUAUAGGCUUAGGAGAACCAUGUUUUAAUAAAUUAAAUGCAUUAUUAGCACAUGCUAUAAUGAGUAUUCCAGCUACAAAGGGUUUUGAGAUAGGUAGUGGCUUUGAAGGUACUAAAUUGAAAGGUUCUUAACAUAAUGAUGUCUUUUUUUAGGAUGAAAAUAAAUAAUAUUUAUCAACAAAAACUAAUCAUUCAGGAGGUACUUUAGGUGGAAUAUCUAAUGGGUAAAAUAUCUAUUUUAAAGUGGCAUUUAAACCAGUAUCUACUAUAGGAAUACCUUAAAAUACAUGUAGCCUAGAUGGAAAAGAUACUGUUUUAGAAGCUAAAGGAAGACAUGAUCCAUGUGUAUUACCUAGAGCACCUCCUAUAGUAGAAGCUAUGGCUUCAAUAACUAUAUUAGAUAGUUAUUUAAUGUUAAAAGCAAAUAGUAAUUAAUUUUGGUGA